AUGACUUUUCUUUGUUUUAUAAUUUCAGGGGGGAAGACAUACAGCAUCGUUCUUUUUGAAGAUGAAGAUGAAGUUUCCGUCGUGCCCACUUCGUGGAUUUCAGAAAACACAGUUAGGUGGCCACCAUUUAAGAGCACCGCAAAGAUAACUACUGCCAUCAAAGAGCAACAACCACCAUCAAGCGACUGGACUAGCUACAGAUGUCGAGUGUUGUGGACAUGUGGCAGCUAUGAAAGUGCUAGACAAAAAGAGCAGCAAGCAGAAUUCACAUCAGAUUUGGCCUCAGAUGUUGAAACAAUUCAGCAAAGGCGGAAGAGGCGGCCACCAGCGCGCCUGGAGUCUUCAGAUGAAGAGAGCAUCGACUUUCCUGUUCCUCUACGAGGACAGUGCUUUAAUUCUUCGCAACAAACUGCGAAGUUUGUUUCACGACCACCACCGCCAAAAAUUGUGAAAUUUUCACGGUUCAAGCCCCAGUCACUUGCUUCACAGGAUCCCCAGAUACAAAAGGCCCCACCUAGCCGGGAAGUGGCUUUAGAUGAUGGCGAUUCUUUUGCUGAAAAAAGGAAGCUUGACCAAAAUGCCAUGCUUGGAAAGUUGCUCAAGGAGGUGAAGGGAAUAAGAGCUCAGGUAGAUGGCCUGGAAAAAUCCAUCCAAAGGAUAGAGCAAGCCAUCACAGAAAAUAAACAACCGUGUGCACAACCUGUCAGCAGUGCCAUUCUUGAACUGCUUCCCCUGGCAACUCAUCAGAGGCUGGAAGAAUUGGAGUGGCAGCUUCAUGAUGAAAAAAACAGGACAGACCUCAUGGCCCAUUUAUCGCGAAUCGGUGGCACAUCAGUGCAAGAUUCUGUACGCAAAAUUAUGCGGAGAUGCAUGUGUGACACGUUGGCCCAGGACUUUUCUCUGACUGGGAGAAAAGGAAAAAGGCCAUUUAUUGGGCUAUACCUGCUCCAAGUCCUCACAGAAACGCUGAAAAGCAAUUUCGCACAGGCCACGGAGUCACAAAUACAUCUUUCGAUUGCCGAAUGGCUCCGUUAUGCACCAUCAAGACAGAAGAAACGGGAUGCAGCUUCGCCUUUGAUGUCAUGAAUCAGACCAUCAUCAUGAGCAGCUGGAGGCCACCAGGGGACAAGGGGACAAGAAGUUUCUAGAUGUGCUGAAUUUUUGAGGCAAAUGUUGACAGUACUUUAAAUUUGUAGUUUUCCAGUGCAACGGCACAUGGCCAAACAAGGGAUGAAGGAGACUUGGAAGAAAACAGUGCAGCAACAGGGACAAGACAGAAGACUGUACAGGUGCUGACUAGCAACUGAAGGUUUAUUGAAAAGGAAAACAUAAAAUAUACUCCCUUUACAACCUAGAGCACGCAUGGUCUACACCAACAACUCUGAUAAGCUGUCAGCUUCAGUUUUGGUGGUCAGCUACAACAGUUCGCAGUGAUGAACGAGGACGGAUGGGGUCCGCAACACAUGCGUAAUCACCCCAUCCGUCCUCGUUCAUGACUGUUACCUGUUGUAGCUGACCACCAUGACUGAAGUUGACAGCUUAUCAGAGUUGUUGGUGUAGACCAUGCGUGCUCUAGGUUGUAAAGGGAGUAUAUUUUAUGUUUUCCUUUUCAAUAAACCUUCAGUUGCUAGUCAGCACCUGUACAGUCUUCUGUCUUGUCCCUGUUGCUGCACUGUUUUCUUCAAGUAUGUACAAAUUCGCUUAUCUCGCCGUUUUACUUAAGUUGGGAAGAAGGAUAAAACAUGGCGCUCACUGACAACUGGUUAUUUAAUGAUGCAGACACUACUUAAAUGCCCUCAGUCCAGCGCAGGCGCACACCGUACAAGGAAAAAGGAACAUAUCACAACUUUAUCACAAAAAAAACGUUAAAGAAACACUAUUUCUAUGUUAUAUAAUGCAACUGAAGUAUUGCUCACAUAUUGUGAACCAGCAUUUUUAAUAUAAUGCGCCUCUGUCACUUCACAUGUGGUUUGUGGUCUGCUUCUGCUAAUGAAUUUCACACUUGAAAAUCUGUGUGCAGUCACUGCAGUGCUCGACAAAUUUGGAACCUGCCUUCAUUCUUUGUUCAAACUGUUCAAAACAUUAGCUAUGGUUUUUGUUCCUGAGUAGCCAAAAUAGGCUGCAUGUGUGCUGUUUUGUAGAUUGUUGCAAGUUUCUUUGUAAAGUAAUUAAAUAAUAUAAUCAUAUUUAUAAAGUAAUUAAAUAAUAUAAAUCAUAUUAGUGAAAUGUAAGCUCACAUGGCACAUUUUUCAAGCUGUGCUAAUGUGUUCAUGUAAUAUUAAGUGUAUUAUAUGUCUGCUUCCUUUUUCUAAGUUAUAUUUGUGAAACUAGCUGUAUGCCAAGCUAAAGUGCAGUUAUACAGCAGUCUGAAGCUUGAUGCUAGUGUAGUUGAUUCAGUUCUUGACAAAUAAAAUAGCGUUAUCAGAAACAAAUGAUGGCUACUUGUGAUGUGCACCCAUAUAUAUAAAUCAUUCUAAUUGUCAGAAUAACCACGUGCAGUGGUAUCUUCAGGUUACGGCAGCUUGUAGCAUCUAGAUGAUCAAGAGCACUAGUAGAGAGCUGAUGAAUAUUACAUAAAGAACUUGUUUAGAGUAAGCGGUCUGAAAAGUAUGGAAAAACAAUGUGUUGUGCUGUGCAGCCUUGUAAGUAUUUGUAUUCUAUAGCACAGCACCGCAUCACUGUGUAGCAAGGAGUAAUGGUCAGUUGCUCAUUCUUGCGACCUUAAACUGCCGUAACCGUUGUGGUAUGAGGAUACCAUUGCAGACUGUUUAGCCUUUCACGAGAUUAUUUUAUUGACCAGCAACCAUUGAUAGCUGAAAUGUUUCAGUGAUUUAGAAUGCGGUCUCAAAGUUUCUGAAAUGUUAUGACAGCAUUGCGGCAAUAUUGCAGUGACAUUGUCGUGGGAACGUUGCAUGUGUGCAAAUAAAAAGUUGUAGCAAUGUUGCAUUUA